AUGACCAAAAUCGAUACAGAAUGCGUCACCGUAGAUAUCAAUGUAUUUCCAACCCCUCCACCACCACCACCCCCUGCAUUGAAUCCCAUCCCCGAGAAAAUACUGAAAAUAUUAGAAAAAUACAAAUACAACUGGAGACUGGAUCAACUAGCCAAACCUCGUAGGAAAGCAUCCAAGUUCAUUCCAAUCGUGGUCGAGCCUCUCAAAAUCGUCAAAGUAAAACCUCUCAAACUAGAUAGUGAACUAGUUUACUAUGCUGAUCAGCAAUCCAGGCCCCCUUUGAGAACUCUUGUCCUCAACAAAAGACUCUAUGGCAAGCAAAAUGGCAGGAAAUAUAGACAGAGGGUGAGGAAGCUGAUAGAUAAAUCAUGGGGUUCCAUCUACAAUUUCUACAAGAAGAGAGAAAGAGACAAGAAGCUCAGGCAGCUCAGGCGAGAAGCGAAAAAAGUCAAGAAGACCCACGACAAUUCGAUCAUGCUCAAACUAGCCACGCCCAAGAGAGUCUUCUUCCCGGAACCCGAGGAGAAAACCCCCAAGAAAAUCUUUUCCGACUUUGACAGACUUGACACUCUAGCGGCUCCGAAGCCCUUCAUAGAGCUCCCACCCAAACGGAUGGGAGUCAAUCCCGCUGCUCUAACCUACGAACCUACCGAAAUUGUUCUGAAGUUGGCGCAGCAACCGGACCGAUACAAGUUCGUGUGCAAACCUCUGGAGCCUGGAAAAGUGCAGAGAGCUGCUUUGAGGUACAAAAUAACCGAGCGGACUGAGGCAUUGGCUGUUCCGAAACAGAGGAGUGAGAAGGCGAAGGUAGAUGAAGAUUGGGACCCUUGGGUUAUUCCAAAGAAUGCUCUCAAGUAUAAGGCUACCACCAGGAUAUUAGAACUUGCCAAACCUAAAGAACGGGAAUAA